AGGACCACGGACGGACCAAUGGUGGAAACAAAUCCGACUGUUACGGAUUUCUUAACGAUAACGCGUUAAAAAUAUAAACCGCAACUGAAACAACACGCAAGUAUUUAUCAGACGGUCACUGUGUGCGAGCCUAUCACGGUUUCCGUCGUCGUGUGUGACGGUACGCUGUAAACAAUAACAACAAUGGCUUCCAUGUCGCCGUCGUCCUCUCCCGACACUGCGACGGGCUCAGGUACGGACCCAGCCCGGCCCGACACAGGGGAGCCCCUCGGCGGGGCGGGCUCAGACUCGGACUCGGACCUGGGUUUGGGUAAAUUUGACUGCAGCGGGAUGGAAAUGGGGGACCGGCUGGAUGGAGAGGAGCUGGAGCGGGAGUUUGACUCUGCAGCUGAUCGCGUAGGAUCCCUGGUUCAGACGGCCAGUAGGGACCAGCUGCUGUACCUGUAUGCUCGGUACAAACAGGUCAAGGUGGGAAAGUGCAAUACAGCAAAGCCUGGCUUUUUCGACUUUGAAGGACAAAGAAAAUGGCAAGCCUGGAAGCAGCUUGGAGACAUGGAGGCGGAGCAAGCGAUGCAGGAGUACAUUUCUUGUGUCAAUGUGCUAGACCCUGAAGGCAGCCAGAGGGAUAGACGAGGAGCAGAAAGGAGAACAGGCUUCGGAGGAGCAUCAGUCAGUUCUUUAUACCAAGAGGAGAUGAUCAGGGAAGAGGAUAAGAACAUCUUUGAUUACUGCAGAGAAAAUAACAUCGACCACAUCAGCAAGGCCAUCAGCUCCCAGAAAGUGGAUGUCAAUACUAAAGAUGAAGAGGGUCGGGCUCUGCUGCAUUGGGCCUGUGACAGAGGACACAAGGAGCUGGUGUCUGUAUUACUGCAGCACAAAGCAGACAUCAACAGUCAGGAUAAUGAAGGACAGACAGCGCUGCAUUAUGCAUCGGCAUGUGAGUUUGCCGACAUCGUGGAGCUCCUGCUGAAUGCCGGAGCCGACCCGUCCAUCAAAGACAUGGAGGGCUCUCUCCCCGAGGAGGUCACUGAAUCCAGUGCCAUCUCCUCCCUCCUGCGUCAGUACACUGCUCCGAAAGGCUAGAUCACCUGCCUGCCACCCCCACCCCCCUCCGACCCCCUGUCGUAGUCUCAUCCCCGCUCAACUUGUUAGCUCAGAUUUCCCAUCAUCCCUCAUUCAUCCCUGAAGAGACUCUGUUCCACCCCAACAGUUAAUGGACCAGCAUGGUCUAGGUUUUAUUUGAUUUUAUUUCUAAAUACUUGAAGUGAGUUUGAUUUCAUUGGCUAAGGCUGUAAACAGAAGCCCGACCAUUCAAUAAGACGCAUGAAAUGAAGCGCAUCACGUGUUUACGUUCAUCGCAAUACUGUAUAUUGACCAUAUCUGCCCAGUAAGGUUUGGUGAUAUGACAAUUACUGUAGGAAGAUGUAGAUUUGUCAGCUGGUGAGAUGUUUGCAUACAGAGGUAGUCUCCCUUUCAUCAUUUUCCAACAUUGCAGGCAGUGUUGCAAAUCAAAGAGCAGGACUGUUUUAUGGCAAUAUUGGAUUGUUGCGCCAAUGUGAGUACCUGGAUUUGUCAGGUAAUUUAUUCACAGGAAGACAUUCCCAUGUGCUUAUUUUAUCUUUAAACAGUAUAGAUUACCUAAAACGUUAUGAUAUGUAUUGCUAUCGUGAUAUAAAAUCAUAUACUGUAAUACAAUAUUUAAUACAUAUCGCCCAUUUCUACUGCCCGGGUCUGACCACCAGCCAGGCCUUUCAGUCUGGGUCAUCCCUCUGAUCGUUUCCAUUACUGCAGGGUUGUUCAUGAUUCAGUUGUGUUACGUUCCAAGGAAUGCUUUAAUCAUUUGUCAUAUAUCACAAUUAAAGUCUUCAA